AUGAUUUAAUAAUCUGGCAUCUCAUUUUAAAGUAGAUAAACUUAAUUGAAAGAUCAAAUCAUUAUGCUUGAAUAGAGAGCUUAAGAGAUCAAUCAAGAUAUUAAGAAAGUAUAUAUAUAUUUCAAUUUUAGAAAAGGAAAACUCAAGGAAGUCAAGAUAGAUAAAUCAAAUUAAAAACUCUUCAAAAUCAAAUUGAUAAAAUGAAAUAGUUGAGUGAAGAUUUGUAACAUUUAAUCAUAGAUGUAUUUAAAUAUAUUUAAUUCUUAUAUAGGAUAAGAAAUGGUAAAAAUUGAUGAUGCUUUUGGAUAUUAUGUAUUAAAAUUUAGAUAAUCCAGAACAUGAAUAAGACAUUAAUUAAGUAUAUACAAUUUCUAUUAUUUAGUUAAUCAAUCAAUUAUAUUAAACUAAAAAUGUACCAACUGCAUGGAAUGAUCGAGUCUUGUAACCAAAUAGAUUAACAAUUGAGCCUUUUGAUUAAAAAGCUGCAACUCAAUAAGCUUAAUUAGUAGAUUAAAAUUCUGCUGCAUAUAAAAUUAAAAUGAUGGACUUUAGUUAUAAUGAUAGGCCUUAGAAAAAUGAUUAUUAUUAGCCACCAACUUUUAAAGAAAAAUUGAAUUUAAAUAGUUUGCUACCUAAAUAUAAAAUGCUACCUCAUUCAGUAUUCAGUUAAUUAAGUAGUGAUACAUUAUUCUAUGUAUUUUAUUAUCAUAAAGAACCUACUGAAUAAUUAAUGGCAGCAAGAGAAUUAAUUAAAAAUUAAUGGAUAUAUAACACUAAACAUGGAUAUUGGAUGAAGAAAGAUAAACAUUAUUAAUAUGUAAUUUUAAUUUUUAUAUAUAAGAAGGAUGAAGAAAAUGAAAAAGUAAUCAAAGGACCUUUUAUUUAUUUUGAAUGUGAAGCUAAAUGGUAAUAGAAAAAAAAACCUGACUUUUCCUUUAAGAAAAAACACAUAUUAUAAUAUGAAUUAAUUUAAUGAGUU